AUGGCGCCUUCGGCAUUGGGGGAAAGUUCUUCUCGUUUGAACAAAUCGGGCAGGGUAAGAUUGCAAAAACACUGCACGAGAUGCACAUCGACCGGACGAACCUGUGAUGGGUACGGUGGUCAUGCUAUCAGGCCGUCAAUACAGUCACCGCACGUGGUGCAGAUGCCAUCGGCCUGGGGUCAGGUCUCUGGUAACGCGGUGGAAAUCAAGAACUUCGCUUUCUUCCGCUUGGUCACUACCACUGACCUGGCUGGCUUCUUCGAUGUUGGUUUCUGGACAGGCAAAUUAAUCCAACUCGCACACCAAUAUCCAUUCAUCACGGAUAGGACCCCGACCACUGUGACACGGGUGGGCGACACCCCAAAUAUGCGCUCCGCAUUGGUCCACUUCAACAAGCCGAUCCAGUCACUUCGCAAGCUACUUUCGGGGCCAACUUUGGCUCGGCUCGACAAAUUGGUUGCGCUCAGUACCUGUCUACUGUUCACCUGUAUGGUGAGUCUACCGGGUCGUCAAUGGCAGGCCUUUAUGCAUAUAGACUCAGGACUCAAAAUGGUACAUUACUGGAACCUGGGAGUCAGGGAUAGAAUUGAGUCAGACCAUGAUCUAGAUCUAGAUUUGCUCAUCCUUCACUUCAACAAGAUGAUGCGGCUUCUUCUGAGUAAAGACCUCAGCGACCCGACCUUCAUUUCCAAGAGUCUGGUCAAGAAGCAGAAAUGCAUUGACGAUUUCCAGCAACGGGAUGCCAGAUUAAGUUGCUUUCUGUCUACCACGGUUCCUUCUGAGACGAAUGACCAAGCCCUCAAUCUGCUCCACAUCCGUCGCAUCUUCGCAGGCGUGUUCCUGUCUCUCGAUUCUAGUACAGGCGAGCUAUGUCACGACGAUUUCAUACCAGAUUAUAGGCAGAUGCUUGGGCUGGCAAUCAGCCUCUUAGAUGAGUUGAAACUCGCCCCCACAGGCAAGGCAGGACGCCUCACAUCCCAAUACUGCCUCGCAACCACAGUUGCAGAGCCACUGUUUCUCAUUGCCGCCCGCUGCCGGAAGGCCACGAUUCGGAUUUGCGAAGGAUUGGUCGCCGCGAAACUAGCUGAAACGAUGCUUGAAGGUCGCAAGGGAGGCCGUCAAGAUUCAUGUACGACAGGACAGUGGGUAUGCGGGAAUCACCGCCUGGCGGUCUUACACUUUGUCCUGAUCGCGGAAAGGCAGAUCAAGAUCCUGAUCCGGACCGUCGAGGACUCGGUAUGUGGAAGGGGCGAGAGGGUCUUCGUUACAAGCUAUUGGUAGUCGGUUUUGUU